UUGAAGGCUUUAAAAUGACCGUUCCUACUUUUAAUCGAAUCAAGCGCUAAAAGUCGUCCUUCAAACUCGGUUAGCAGGCUAGAUUCCAAGCUAGCGGUACACCACACUGACAUCGCAGCAGCUGUUCAGACACACGCCGGACCAAAGUGAGAGAGGAGGGAGAUUUACAAACCACCCAUAAACAGACUGGCUAUGACUUGGGUGACUCCCAUUUUGAGCUUCCCAACACUGCCAAGUUUAGCUGUACAACCAGCCAGGUAUACCAGUUUGGCCGAUCUGUUUCUAAACUUCAGCGGCAAAAACCCAAAGUGCGCCACUAGGAACGACCAGGGCACGUGGCAAACGCGGCCAGGGGUCAGAACGGGAAAUUGGAUCAUAUCACACGGCAAUAACACAAAAGCCACGUAAAAAUUGAGGUAGCCUCCCUCAUCCGGGGGGACAGGCAGACGACGAACCUAAAAGGGAGGAUGGACACUGAGGGCCUGUCCGACAAAACGUCCAGAGACAGUUGUUAUCAGUGUCUUUUCGGUAAACUAUCCAUCACUCGGUGUGGCACUCGCUUUUAUGCCCUCGUUUGGCCAGUGUCAGGGCUCGGAUUUCAUGUAAUGGUUAUUCUAGGAUUAGUGACACGCUGUACGUGACUUGGUUGUGCUACAAAGUUUGAAAAAAAGAAAAUGCUGCUUGUAGAAAAAAAACUGAUAUUCAAUCGUAUUCAACUGCAGUUUCCCUAAGAACUGUUCCAAAAAAAACCAUACCAAAAAGUAGUAAACAUUACACUAAAACCAAAACUCGUUCAGCCCGCCAGUUGGCUCCGCGCCAAGUUCGUUUCCGUUCGCGGGACCAUGGCCCCCUUCAAGCUCAGGUUCCGCAUGGGUAGUGGUUCGUCCCGUAGCGCCUCGCAGGAGCAGGAUGUCGUAGUCGACAGCCAGGCUAAUCAGAUGAUCGUACAGACGAACAGCUAUCUGUCGAGCAGCGGCAACAAUACCGCUGCCUACGGUAGCAGCACUACCCUUGACUCUGAGCAGAAUAACGAUAGCUUAGUUUCUAUGAGCAACGACCAGCGGGCCCUAAUCCGGGACAGGGACUCACCCGACGAGCGAAUAGGAUACGUGAAUCCCACGUUGACACACACCGAAGGUACCACAAUACCGUUGAGCCCACCGCCAUCGUACGAACAUGUACUAGAGGAGAAUCGCCUUGCAGCUUUAGAUAAGGAAAACAACAAGACAUCGACACUGAGUCUGUCGCCGUCUAGCUACGACAUGUUUGGAAGUAAUCAGCAGCUGACGGCUUGUACACCGCAGGACCAACAGCAGAGUUACGAUCAGCAAUCGCAACAACAGGCAACGCCCAACACAACGAGGAAGCAGGAAUCGAUCGAUUCCUCGCUGUAUUCCUGCAGUUCUGGCACAUCACCGUCACAGGAGAACCUGCUCGGUUGUACUGGGUCUUGUGAUCCGCUGUACAAUAUGGCUGCCCAGGAACACAUGGAAGAUUUGGCUGAAGAAAUGGAGGACAUGCACAUCGAGGAGACCUGCCUGUCCAACGACAACCUGGACGACGGCUCCUACACCGAUGAGUGCCAGUCGUCGUACGACCCCCAUGCCUACGAAGGAACGUCCUCGGGGUCUGUGGUGCGACCCGAGAUCAAAGGGCCAGAAAUUUUAUACAAAUCCAGCAAACAGCUGUACAAAGCCGUCGCCAAGGAGUGCGGUAUCACGUGCAAAAUGUCGGACCAGUGCCGAUGCCUGGACUGCCAGAGUCGUUACUUUGACUGCGAGUAUGACCAGAACGAAAACGAGAAAACUGACGGAGGAUUGGGCGCUGGAACGCCCAUGUUCAUCAGCGAAGUCAUGCACGGUUCAGCUUGCACCAUCCUUUAAACUAACAGAAACGGCCGGAGAUCAUCGUAAUCUCAUCCAAACGAAGCCUAAAGUCCUACUGAAGCAGAGAUAUAGUCAACAAUCACUAGAUCACACCUAAGCAAAGGCAAAACAGUUGCACAAAUCUUACAGUAUAUAAAACUAUUACCACAUACAUACGUUAGGUAUUGACAAGAACAAGCCUUUUGAAACAUUUUAUCUUGAACAAGAAAAUAACACACAUUUGAAAGAAAAUUCAAACUUGAAGAUUUCAGCGACGACUAGCUAUAUGGUAGGAAUCACGUUAUGAGAAACUACUGGUUAACAAACUGUUGAAUUGCAAUUAGCUAUCCGUACACGAACACACUCACAAACACACAAACAUACACAUAAGAACUCAAUGUACUAUGAUACAACUAAGUUAGUGUUGCUGCAAAUUGAUGGAACUACUCACUUUUCGAAACGCUGUAGAGAUUUGGAUGAUUUGAACUGUGCUAAAGUUCGUAGAGUAUAGAAGGCCUUCACAAAAUAUGUGGUUAAUUGUAAAAGAAACAAAACGUUACCAUCGCCAUAUGACAUCCGUUAAACUAUUCGUUUACAACUUCACUUUGUAAGUAUUAAGAAAUUUUACGAUCUGCAUUUUCAACGGAUGGCAUUCGAUAGUGAAACCAAAAAAUCUCGUAAGUUAUUUUAUAAUCUGUUGCAAAAAGUUAAUUGUCUUUUGAUAUAAGUUUUUAAUGCCAUUUAACGAUUACUUUUGUUCAAAAAUGACUACUUGUUAAGUGUAAUGGUUAGCAGUUUUACUGAAUACAAAAUGAUACCUAUAUAUUUGUAAGCAAAGAACAAAAAACUCAUCUGCGAAUAUUUACAUCAACGUGAUUGUACUUCAUAACGCUAGAUCAGAAAUAAUUAAAUAAAAAAAAGAUUAUAAAAAGUUCCACACUCCAAAUUGAAUGCAGCUCUAAAAACGGGUCUUGAAAAAAAAACAUUGGCAGUAUGCUGAACCUUAACUUAAUGUGUAAUUAAAAUACUCAAAAUAAAGAAACUAAAAAUUGUAACAAAAAAAACAUUAUGUUGGACUGUUUCUCGAGAGAAUAAAAAAAAAGCUUUACGAAUUGUUGGUCGCUACCAGUCUUAUUCGAACAAUGGAAAAGAAAAAAUGUAAACGGUUCAGAGAAACAUUUGUUGAAUAGACAUACGCACU